AUGGCAGGUCGCCGGUGGGCCGCGACGUCAGCCCUCUGUGUGUGUGUGGCAGCCGUCUCUCUCCUGCACACCGGCGGGGUGCGGGCAGACUGCUGGCUCAUUGAGGGGGACAAGGGCUUCGUCUGGUUGGCCAUCUGCAGCCAAAACCAGCCUCCCUAUGAGUCCAUCCCCCAGCAAAUCAACAGCACCAUUGUGGACUUGCGGCUGAAUGACAACAAGAUCAAGAGCGUGCAGUACGCCUCGCUCAGCCGCUUCGGCAACCUGACAUACCUCAACCUGACGAAGAACGAGAUCUCCUACAUCGAGGACGGUGCCUUUUCAGGACAGUUCAACCUCCAGGUGCUGCAGCUGGGUUACAACCGACUGAGGAACCUCACCGAGGGCAUCCUCCGGGGCCUGGGGAAGCUGGAGUACCUCUAUCUCCAGGCCAACCUCAUCGAGUCCGUCACCCCCAAUGCCUUCUGGGAAUGCCCCAACAUAGUGAACAUUGACCUGUCCAUGAACAGGAUCCAGAGACUUGACAGCAACACUUUCCGGGGCCUAAACAAGCUCUCUGUCUGUGAACUCUACAGUAACCCCUUCUACUGCUCCUGUGAGCUCCUUGGCUUCCUGCAAUGGCUGGAGGCUUUCACCAACAUGACACGCACGUAUGACCGGAUGCAGUGCGACUCCCCACCCGACUACAUGGGCUACUACUUGUUAGGCCAAGGCCGGACUGGCUACCGCAAUGCUCUGAGCAUGCUCUCUUCCCUUUGCACCGGUGGCUCCUACACUGUGAUCCCUCGUUUUUUCCCUCCCAGGUACCAGGUGACCACAGUGCCCUCCGAAAGUCCCUGCUCUGAGGAGGAGUGCUCCUCCGGCGAUGGCACUACCCCGCAGUUCUCCCUCUUCACGCCCAUUGGCGAAACAGAGGUGCGCCCCAACAUCCAGGUGAAGCACCUCAACCACAACUCAGCCGUCCUCACCGUGCAGAUUCCCUACCCCUUCAGCAAGAUGUACAUCCUCUCCCAGUUUGAAAACGGCUUCUCCUCCAUGAUCACCAAGCUCAGGAAGAAGGAGGAGAACAUCACCGUGAGCAACCUAGUAGCACAAAGAGAUUACACCUACUGUGUAGUCUCUGUCCACCAGUACUCCAAGUACAACCACACCUGUGUCACCAUCACACCCACCAGACCCAACCGCAAGGAGCCGGUGCCCACCCCUUCCACUGCCACUCAUUAUAUCAUGACAAUCCUGGGCUGUCUCUUUGGCAUGGUGAUUGUCCUGGGUGUUGUGUAUUACUGUCUCCGGAAGAGGCGCCAGCAGGAGGAGAAGCACAAAAAGGCUGCUGGCAGCAUGAAGAAGACCAUCAUCGAGCUGAAAUAUGGGCCAGAAAUGGAGACCACCAGCAUCACCCAGCUGUCCCAGGGACAGAUGUUGGGUGGGGAGACAGUGACCCGCAUCCCCUACCUGCCUUCGGCUGGCGAGGUCGAGCAAUACAAGCUGAUUGACAGCAGCGAGACCCCCAAGACUACCAAGGGCAACUAUAUGGAGGUGAGGACAGGUGAGCAGCCUGAGAGGCGAGACUGCGAGCUGUCCCUGCCGCCAGACACCCAGAGCUCUGUGGCUGAGAUCUCCACCAUUGCUAAGGAGGUGGACAAGGUGAACCAGAUCAUCAAUAACUGCAUUGAUGCCUUGAAAUCUGAGUCCACCUCCUUCCAAGGGGUGAAAUCGGGGGCAGUCUCCACAGUGGAGCCUCAGCUGGUGCUUUUAUCAGAGCAGAUCCCCAGCAAGCAUGGAUUCCUCUCCCCAGUCUACAAGGAAAGCUACAACCACCCUCUCCAGCGACACCACAGCAUGGAGGCUGCCCCCAAACGCUCUAGCACCUCUUCCAGCGGCUCCAUACGGAGCCCCAGGUCCUACCGCUCCGAGGGAUCAGGCCACAAAUCAGAAGCCAAAUACAUUGAGAAGACAUCCCCCACCACUGACACCAUCCUCACUGUGACACCGGCCGCGGCCAUCCUGCGGGCAGAGGCGGAGAAGAUCCGUCAGUACAGCGAACACCGGCACUCGUACCCCAGCUCACACCAAGGAGAGCAGCACGACAGCAUGGCGGGGCGAAAGCCCUCCAUCCUGGAGCCCCUGACCCGUCCUCGCCCCAGAGACCUGGCCUACUCCCAGCUCUCGCCUCAAUACCACAACCUGAGCUACACCUCCAGCCCAGAGUACACCUGCAAACCAUCGCACAGCAUCUGGGAGCGCUUCAAACUCAACCGCAAGCGGCACAAAGACGAGGAGGAGUAUAUGGCAGCCGGCCAUGCCCUACGCAAAAAGGUCCAGUUUGCCAAAGACGAGGAUCUUCACGACAUCUUAGACUACUGGAAGGGCGUCUCUGCCCAGCAAAAGUCCUGA